UGUAAAGUACCUUAGCAAGUUUUUAUUUUCCCCAACUACCCAAGGUGACAAAGGACCACGAUCCCUUUUUGGUAUUUUGGUAAUACUAGACAUUUCUCAAAAUACAUCCACGGCCUAUCUUUGAGCAAAAUUGCAGCGUUGAAAUGGUUUACUAUAUUUUCCAUCCAUCCUUCCAUUUUCUGGGCCGCUUAUCCACACAAGGGUCGCGGCAGUGCCGUCACCAAUCCCGGCUGUCAUAGGCCAGGGUACACCCUGACUGGUUGCCAGUCAAUCGCAGGGCACAUGGCGACAGGAAAGACGCACUCACAAUCACACCUAAGGGCAAUUUAGAGUGUCUAGUUAAUGUUGGGUGAAACGGUGGGGCAGCUGUAAUGCAUUGGCCUCAUAGUUCUGAGGUCCAGGGUUCAAUCCCAUGGAUGGAUAUCUAUUUUUCUACCUAUUGAGAUCCACUGGAGAGAAUACAGUUAAUAUGGGAUGUAUGAUGAAUAGGAGGCAACUACUUCAACUACUACUUAUAUAAAGGACAGCCUUUAUGAUGACCAAAGCAACACUGCUGCUGUUUUAUUGCCUGUUUAUAUCUGCAGCAGGCUCCCCACUAUAUCCCUCCAUCAGGGACACAUCGAUCCUGAUGACAUCUUCUCGAAAGAAUCCGGAGCAGGUGGAUGGCGAAAGUUCUGCCCAAGACAGAACUGACCUACGCUUUGGUCGCCAUGCCGAUGCCAUCUUUACAAACAGUUAUAGGAAAGUGUUGGGCCAAAUCUCUGCAAGGAAGUUCCUUCAGACCAUCAUGGGCAAACGUCUUGGAGACGAAAGUGAGAGCUAUAUGAAACGCCAGUCUGAUCUCUAUGAAGGAACCUAUAAAGAAGAUCUGACGUCCAUCCAAAGCAAUCAGAGAUACAGAGGAUUUCAUGAAACGCCAUGAGGCUCAGAAUGCAGAGCAGAGAGAACACAGAUUGAAAAGCUGUUCAUUGUCAAAACCAUCACGGCUUGUUUUAUUGUACCUCUAUCUUCACAGGCAAUAUGGUCUGCAUUUUUAAUUCUCAUUGAAAGCUGUUGCAAAUGUUCCAAAUAGAUGUUUGUUUUUUUUAGCAUUCCUCAACUUUCCCACUCUUUUGAUGCCCCUGUCAGGGCUUAUUUGGAACAUGUUGCAGGCAUCAAAUUUAAAAUGAGAAAAUAGUUGCAAAAAACUAAUCAGUUUGAACAUGAAAUAUCUUGCAUUUGUAUUUAGUUGAAAAUAGGUUGAAAUUAUUAUAUUCAUUAUAGUCUGUUUUAUUAACAUUUUACAUAAUGCUGCAACUUGAUUGGAAUUGAAAUUUGUACAUUCACACUAUAACAUCUAAAUUUGUGAUUUCAUCAGGUGUGCUGUGGAGCCAUUUGUUGUCAUUCAAACCACAGAAUAAUGGCUGUUUAGACACCCAUAAAUAACACUAAAUACUGCAAAUGUUGAUUGCCAUUCAAUCUGGAGUUAUGUUCCAGAUGGCUCAUGAUGUGAUGUUUUAUUUUUUUAAAUAUCAAUAGUAUAUACCAUUUCCCUAUGGUUAAAAUGCAUUUGAACAAAUUGAAACACACUUUUUACACAUAUAUCAUGUUUAAACUCAACAUUUGCAAUUACAAAAUGAUGGAAAACACUUGGGUGAUGGGCUAGAUAAGUACUGAUAAUAAUAACCACUAUAGAAAGGUGAGCUAAUGUGGUUUCACAAGUUUGCAGCUGUUAUUAACCAAAAAACAUUCAAACUCCUUUAGCUGUUCUAGUAGUCUUUUCUUGAUAUCCAUCCAUUUUGUGAGCCACUGAUCUUUACAAAGAUCGUAGGAGUGCUGGAGCCAAUACCAGCUAUCAUCGGGCACGAGGCAGGGAGGUUGGAAUUGAUGCCCGGUCCUCAGAACUGUGAGGCAGAUGCUCUAACCAGUUUAAUUACGGUGCUACUGCUUUUCUUAUUUAUUUUUUUUAGACGCAUGUAACUGUCCAAGCCAAAACCAAGCAUUUUAACAGGGUCGUUACCUUUUUAUAUUGACUAUAUAGUAUAGUGUAUACUUACAGUGGACAGAGGACAGAAUUGUUGUUCCCACCGUUAAUAAAGGAAAAAUCCAUAGCGGUCACAGAAAUAAAUUGAAUCUGAUAAAAUUAAGAAUAAAUUUAAAAAAAUAUGAAAAUUAAACAAUGAUAAUCAGACUGUUUUUGAAUUGUGCUUACAUGAUAAAAAAUAAAAACAUUAGGUUGGCAGCAUGGUGGAGCAGCUGUAAAGUAUUGGCCUCAGAGUUCUGAGGCCCAAGGUUCGAUCCUGGCCCCGCCUGUGUGGAGUUUGCAUGUUUUCCCUGUGCCUGCAUGGGGUCUCUCCGGGCACUCUGGUUUCCCCCCACAUCCCAAAAAACCUGAAAACAUUUAUUGGACACUAAAUUGCCCCUAAGUGUGAUUGUGAAUGCGGUUGUUUGUGUCUAUGUGCCCUUCAAUUGGUUGGCAACCAGUUCAGGGUGUACCCUGCCUCCUGGCUGAUAGGUGGGAUAGCCUCUAACACUCCCACAGCCCUCGUGAGGAUAAGUGGCUAAGAAAAUGGAUGGAUAAACAGAUUGCAUGUUCGCCCCAUGUGAUAGGCUCCAGCGCGCCCGGGCCCCUAAGCAGAAUGGAAGAUCGAUAAAUGACAGAAAAUAAUGAAACAGGUCUGGAGAAAAAUGACGGAACCAUCCAUGCAUUGUCUGAGCCACCUAUCCUCACAAGGGUCGCAGGAGUGUUGGAGCCUAUUCCAGCAAUCUUAGGGCAGGAGGCAGGGUACACCCAGAACUGAUUGCCAGCCACUCGCUGGGCACUCAGAAUCAAUUAAGUCUCCAAUUUAUGCAUGUUUUGGCGAUGUGGGAGGAAACCCGAGUGGCCGAAGAAAACCACACAGGCACAGGGAGAACAUGAAACAUGCUCUAACCAAAUUUAUGUGUUUUUAGCAGGUAAGAUGACGUAACAAAACUCCCAAAAUGCAGCUCACCUGAAAGCCAAUAUCAAAGCAACUUGGAUUAACAUAACACCUGAUCUGUGCCAAAGGCUGAUGAACUCCAUGCCGCACCACCUUGUUAUUAAAGCUACAGCAGGUUCAACAAUGUACUGGGGCCAUAAUACUAUAAUACACUUUUCAGAAAGUCUUCAUUUCUGUUUAAGAUCUUUGGUUGGUCAGAUGAAAUAUUCUAAUAUUAUAAAAUACUGGAUGUUUUAUUUUUCUGGAUGCCAUAAUCACCAAAAUUUAAACAAAUUGGCUUGAAUUAUUUUGCUUUGUUUGAGGUGAACUAAUACAUUUCAGUUUUGUUUUUUUUUUAAUAAAUUGACUUUCCCUAAAUAUUCUAUUUUUCAACAUACCUGUAGAUCCUUUGAUACUUGUGAAAUAGAACACCAAUUGACCAUUUCUUUAUUUCUUAAGACAGAAACAUCCUUCAUUUCCACGUUAUGAACAAUUUAUCUUGGGGGUGGAAAUUUGUAUCAAACAGGAAACAAGUUCUACUUUGACACAAUCAAACACUUGGUACUGUAAAAGUACAGUGAGUAAAGAUCAGCGUGUAAGAUCUGCUGGCCUGUUUAUAAACAGAGGAGACAAACGGUAAGUUACAAAAAAAAAAAAAAAAAGUAUUUAAUUUCAUUAAGAAACCA